AUGUUGAAAGGAUCCGCCAACUAUCCCCAAUGGAAGGAAGAGAUAGAGCUUGUGGCAGACCAAGCUGGUGUUCAAGAUAUUCUCAAGAAGAAACAGACUCUCCACCUCCUGAGGCUAAAGAUGUCAAGGCAGUAUGGAAUGAGUGGAACAAAUGGUUAUCUCAACUACAUCUCCGCGAGCAUUCCAACUGAGGCAAAGCUCCAUUUCAAGACCCCUACUAGUCUCAAAGCAGAAGGACCCCGGCAAGCAAAGAGCAUGGGGAAAAUAAAGUGA